GUGUGUGUGAGCGCCGGAGCUCUGCGUUCAGCCCAGCUGUUCAUCAGCACCGCACCACGGCCACCACCGCCGCACCGCUCCCGAGAGAGCUGGGAGAUGAACCCUCCAAUCCUGAGAGAAUGAGAUGUUUCACUCUGUGACAGGGCCCUUCACACCCCAUCAUAACCUGGUGGGACAUACUGGAAUAUUCUAUCUGGGACAAGAGCAGCUCCCAUAGGAAAGGCAGUGCAAAAUGUAUCUCACACGGAGAAAGAGACUUCAGCUGACCCGGAUUAUCUUUCUCCUAUCUGGGGUUUUGCUUUGUUGUAUAUACCAACUAACUGUUAGGACCAGAUUACCAGGACCCUGGCCAGAACCUCAGAUUGGAGAAAACCCAAAAGGUGGCCCUGAAGAUGCUACUGAAGGACUGGUAGUGAAACCAGGAGUAACAGCAAAGCUGACCACUGGUGCUGUGGAAGAAGGUACAUCAACACAUACUGCACCUAAACCAGACACAACUCCAUCCACAACCCCUCUGAGAACAGAGAGAGCUAAAACAACAGUUUUACGCCCCAUUACCACCACAAACAGGACAAUUGUUCGUUGCAUCUAUGUGGAUCCAGACCUCCCAAAGCCCAAUCCAGUUCCUACACCAGCACCUGAACCUACCCACCCUACACCCACAAUCACCAUCUCUGUCCCUGCAGAGCCUCCUCACAUCAAGGGUGAAUACCCUCAGGACAUCUUCACCAUUGAAGAACGUCGGAGAGGCUGGGUGAUUCUGCACAUCUUUGGGAUGAUAUACAUGUUUGUUUCUUUGGCCAUUGUGUGUGAUGAGUUCUUUGUCCCUACACUUGGAGUCAUAACUAAAAAGUUGGAAAUCUCAGAUGACGUUGCUGGAGCAACUUUCAUGGCAGCUGGAGGCUCUGCUCCAGAACUCUUUACCUCCUUGAUUGGUGUUUUUAUUUCACACAGCAACGUGGGAAUUGGAACUAUCGUAGGCUCAGCUGUAUUUAACAUCCUUUUUGUAAUAGGAAUGUGUGCUUUGUUCUCCCGGGAGAUGCUCUACCUCACCUGGUGGCCGCUCUUCAGAGAUGUUUCCUUCUACAUCUUAGAUCUGAUCAUGCUCAUCAUCUUCUUCUUGGACAAUACCAUUAUGUGGUGGGAGAGCAUAAUGCUUGUGUGUGGUUAUGCAAUUUACGUCUACUUCAUGAAAUAUAAUGUCCAGAUUGAGCGAGCAUUCAAGGCUCAGCUCCGCAGACACAAGAACAUCGUCAAAGUCAUCCCAGUGGAAGAGCCUGAGAAGGAAAAUGGGACAACAGUUGAUGAUAAUUCCACUCCUGAACCAGAGGACAAGAAUCGUUUAAAGCUAAAGCCAACACUACAACGAGGGGGAAGUUCAGCAUCUUUGCAUAACAGCACCAUGAGGAACACAAUUUUCCAGCUCAUGAUUCACACACUGGAUCCUUUGGGUGAGGUGAAGUUUAAAGAAAAGGCUCAGAUUUUGAACAGCAUGGCCAGGGGGAAAGUAGAGGGCAAAGAGAAGGAAAAAUCGGGCAAAGGUGAAGACUGUAACACGGAGGAAACUAAGGAAUCUAAAGAGCCAGGACCAGCACCAUCUAACAAGGCAGAUACCAAGGAAAAGCCAGAGGGGCAGAAGGAGGAGAAGGAGGCAGCAGGAGAAGCAGGGGGCUCGGAGGGAUCAGAAGGCUCUGAUGACAGUGAUGAUGACAGUGAAGAAGACAGUGAUGAAGACAGUGAUGAUGAAGAUGAUGAUCAGGAAGAAGAUGAUGAAGAUGGAGAGGAAAAUGAAGAGCCUCUGUCCUUAGAGUGGCCAGACACCAGACGGAAACAAGCCACAUACCUGUUUCUUCUGCCCAUUGUCUUUCCUUUGUGGCUCACCGUACCUGAUGUCAGAAACCCAGCAUCCAAGAAGUACUUUGUCAUCACCUUCCUUGGUUCUAUAGUGUGGAUUGCUAUUUUCUCCUAUCUCAUGGUGUGGUGGGCGCAUCAGGUGGGUGAAACCAUUGGCAUUUCAGAGGAGAUAAUGGGUCUCACCAUUCUGGCAGCUGGUACAUCCAUCCCUGACCUAAUCACCAGUGUGAUUGUAGCUCGCAAGGGCCUGGGAGACAUGGCUGUUUCCAGCUCAGUAGGCAGCAACAUAUUUGAUAUCACUGUGGGGUUGCCAGUGCCCUGGUUAUUAUUCUCUUUCUUCCAUGGGAUGGUGCCUGUGGCUGUCAGCAGCAAUGGACUUUUCUGCGCCAUUGUGCUGCUCUUCCUCAUGCUGCUCUUUGUCAUCAUCUCCAUCGCAGUUUGUAAGUGGAGGAUGAAUAAAAUGCUGGGCUUCACCAUGUUCCUGCUAUACUUUGUGUUCCUUGUGCUCAGUGUUAUGCUGGAGGACCGUAUUAUUGUCUGUCCAGUGUCAAUUUAAGCAACACAGUGACUCCCAGUGUCUAAUGAAAUGGCAAACAUUUCAGUUUGAACCAGUCAUUUGUUCUGUUUGAUUUCACCCCUACUAACCUGCAGAGGAGACAGAACCACUUGGAUUGCUUCUUGUGCAUGUGACCAUGUGUGUUAAGCCCUUUCAACAAUAUCAUGAAGUGUGGUAUGAUGCAGUAUUUGCAGUCAGUACUGUUGUAAUACAGACCUUUUCCCUUUUUCUUCAGACCCCAUACACAUAUCAGACAAUAUGUAUACUAUAUGGAGUUAUCCACUUGGCAACUAGUGACUAUAGUAGGAACUAAAGGUUUCCUGUCUUUUAAAGCUGGGGAGAGCCUUCUCUCACUCCAUCUGAUCUCUUUUGCCUUGGUUAGUGCAUUACUCCUGUCAUCUAACAAAAUUACUUAUUCCAAAUAUUAUGCCAUACAUCACUUUGUGACCUUGUGGUUAUAUUUUGGUUAUCAGGGGUUCAUAGAACAAAAGAUGACAACAUAUAAAUCUUUUUGUUUGACACAGCUGCUUAUGGAACACUGCAUUAGGAAUUUUAUGUUAUGUAAUGCUGCUCUCCAGAAACACUAAAUAACUCACAGUUAUACAUUCACAGUUGAGUCAUGAGAUUAUUUUCUCUCAGAAAACGAAGUAAGAUGACUAUGAUGAGCCACUGUGCAAUACACCACAUGGUGGCAUCUUAUGCAUCUUUAUGGUAGCUAGUUAAAGACUUUCGGCUAGUAGCUAAAGCUGGUUAAUUUUUGUGCACACAAUUUCCAGUGCAUCAUAAAUGAACUGUUCUGUGAUGUACAACACACUCAUAUGUAUUUCCCUUGUUCUGUCCACCAGCCUACCAUCUAUUUUAAAAUAUACUGUUAUCACUCCAAAUUUCCGUCCUAAUUUAAUACAAACACAGAUGUGCACAUUCAUAUAGAUAUGGUUUGAUUUUUGGAUUGUAUGUUUAUGUAUGCAGAACAAAAUUGUAGUAUUAGCUGUAUUAUGCUUAUUCCUAUUAUGCUAGCAUUCUGGCAAGUAAUGUGUCCCAUGUUAUUGUGUAGUAUAUGUGUGCAGACACUUUUUUUAGUGUCUCAGUUUAGUAGCACCUGUUUAAACUACUUUUAAAAGCAUAGCCCUGCAAUUUUUAUUUUUUUUUUUGCAUUGACUUCACAUAUCUCUUUUUUGUUUUAUUAAUGUUAUCAUGCAAAAACAUUAUUCCAAAGGCUGUAGUCCUUUAGAAAGAAUAAUGAAAUUCAAUGAAUUGUUUACUGUAAAUUAUGUAAUUUACACUCAUACUGCAAUAGUUAUUUUUGUAAAAUGAGUUAUUAAAACACUGGAACAUCAUUAUUUGUGCUUGUAAAACACUUUUUCUUCCUUUUUCAACUUUAAAAUAGCUAUCUGCAACGAAGUAGUUUUGUGUAUUAGUAUUUGUUUAUUAUUGUUCUAAUAAUUGAAUAAAAAAACAGAUCAUUAUGCUAUGGAAGCAAACCA